GAAACCAAAACGACACAGAAAGUAACAACUAUAGGUCACCGUACGGUAUACAACAAUGAGCAAAGCCCAUACCGCAAAAUCACCUAUAAAAGGCCCCGAAAUGACAUAAUUUUAUGUAAAACUUUUCAAACGAGAAGCUAACGGCCUGAUGUAUGUAACAAAUAAUAAACGAAAAACAAAUAUGAUAUACAGCAACAAACGACAACCAUUGAAUUACAGGCUCCUGGCUUGGGACCGGCACAUAUAAAAUGUGGCGGGGUUAAAUAUAUUAUCGGGCGCCCAACCCUCUCCUUAUCCUGGGACAGUGGUGCAACAGAACAACGCAUGAACAGUACAAAACAAUAAACAAAAAACAAAUAUGAUCAACAGCAACAAACGCCACACACUAAAUUACAGGCUCCUGACCUGGGAUAGGCACAUAUAUAAUGUGGCGAGGUUAAAGAUGUUAAUGGGCGCACAACCCUCCCCUAACCUGAAACAAUGUUGUGACAGUUCAAACUACAUGCAUGAACAAACUAUGAAAAUAAGUUCAAAAGGUUUUAACUCAUAAGAUAGAUACAAAGCAAAAACAAGUAACAAAAACACAGAGUGGAAGCAGCGAGAGGGUACUUAUACAUCCCCACAACAACAAAAAACACUAAGUACAGAUCUGAAAGAACUCGCAGUUUCUGACAGUUAAGUCACGAAUAAUAAUAAAACAAAACAAAUGUUUUAAGGUAAAAUGUAUCGACUUUUAUUGCUAUAAAAUCAAUAAUGGAAAAUACACACAUCAAUUACAGAUGACCAUAACAGAGCUCAAUAAUAAAGGUAAGUUUUGGUAUAUUGAUUUAAUUCAUGAUCUUGAACCUCAUUAAAUAAAACAAAACUCAAUACGCUAUAAUCCUGCCUGCGUAAAUAUACAUCUAAAAUCGCCAAAACGCAGUAGUGCUUAUGUAUAUAUGUAAAAUAAUAGAAGAGUCCCUCUCUACAUAUAUAGCUUGAAAUGUUUAAUAGUCUGCAUUUGAAAAAAAGUCUGCAAUGUCAUGCUGAGUAUACAUUUGUUUUAAUCAAAACAGAACUUAUAGUUUAUGUUUUCGUUGAAACCUAUAAUUUACUCAUGCAGAACUUGUUGAAUAUGUUAUUUGUUAGACGGUAACAUUUGCCAUUACAUUUUGAUAACUAAGGGCUUUUUAAUAUAUCUUUGAUAUAAUGUUCAGGUGAGUUUUUGAAAACUGGCUAACUAUUUUACAUGUCGUAGUCGCAUUAUUAUUGUUCACGAUCAUUUGUAUGAACCUUAUUCUUUAAACUUUUACUAACGUUGAAAAAACUCACCAAAGUUACAAGGCUUAUUAUGUAGAUUACUAGACGCACGUGUUUCUUAUAUAUUAAAUUCAUCGGUGGGACUCAAAUUGAAAGUUUUAAAAAGUCAAAUCAAAUACGAAAUUUGAAAAAAGUACUAUAUUAUGUCAAGCUUUCAGAACGAAACUGUGAUCAAUUUAUUUAAUUUUAACAAAGGCUUUCACAUACAGACAUUAUCUAACAAUCCCACGUGUAUUUCUACCAGUUUUAGUUAACAAAAAUGUACUAUAUUACGUCAAACUUUCAACACAAAAAUGUUAAUAACUACUUUGACAAAGACUUUCACAAACAGACAUUAUAUAAUAAUCUUUUGUGCAUGUAUUUCUACCAAUUGUAAUUAAACCGACUGCCUGAUGAUUUGUUUAAUUUUAAAUAGUUUAAAAGCUGUUUGAAUGGAAACUCUGAAUAUUCCAAGAGAAUAUAUAUUGCGUUAUAAUUAGAAAACGAAAUCUAUUUAAUUUGAAAUGUGCACUCAACUUAUUAAUGUGUGCAUAUUAAACAUUUAAAAGGCUUGUUUAAAGUUUAUUACAUAUUUUGUUAGUGCUAUGCAAUGAACACUGUCUACAAGAUUACAUGCAAAGCAAAGUAACAUAACAACUCUUUGUGAAGGUUCAACUGAUAAAAAUGUACCGCUCGACAUUCUUACUAGUUAUCCUUUCUGUUUCGGCUUUAUGUGAAAUAGUUGUUAUCAAGAAACAAAAAGACAAAAUAUAUAUAGGUCAUGUGCUGUUUGAAGUAUUAAUGCCAAUGUGGUCGAUAUGUGCUCAGUACUGCUCGAGAGUAAAAAUAUGCAAAUCUAUUAACUUUAUAUCAUGGAAUAAAACUUGCCAGAUAAAUGAUGAUGAACCCGGGAUCAGUAAUUGUGAAGUCCUUGAGAGUGUUGGAAACAGCUUGGUAGUGUCCUCGAAUUUUCCUGAGAACUUAGCUGGCCAUUGCAAUGGUAAUAAUUGUAAACUCAAUGAGGCAUGUAUGCCAAAGGGAACAGAAUACUAUUGUUCUCUAUUACCUUUGAAGUUAUCAGAAAGCAGCACUAAACUUCGCCCACGUGACUGCAAUGAUCUUCCCAAAGGAAGCCAAUCCGGGGUAUAUACAAUAUACCCAACAGAUGGAAACUUUGACGUUUACUGUGACAUGGAUACAACAGGAUUUGGAUGGACUGUUUUCCAAAGCAGAGUGGAUGGAACUGUCGAUUUUUACAGAGGAUGGUUGGAUUAUGAGACUGGUUUUGGAAAUUUGAAUUCGGAGUUUUGGUUGGGAAAUAAAUACAUUAAUAUACUUACGUCUUCUGGAAACUACAAGCUUUUAAUCCACCUUGAAGAUUUUGAAGGGAAUUGGAGAUAUGCAGAGUAUAGCGUAUUUAGUAUCGGAAAUGCCACAACAAACUAUAUUUUGAACAUAAGUGGAUAUUGCGGAACUGCAGGAGAUAGCAUGGGUAGAGCUAAUCACGGGCUGCACAACGGCAUGAUGUUUUCUACUAAGGACAUGAAAAACGACUAUGCUUCUAGUGGCCCCUGUGGGGUAUUGUUUAAGGGUGCAUGGUGGUUCAAUAGAUGCCAUAAUUCUAAUUUGAAUGGUGAAUAUUUAGGAGGCAUUCACUCUACUCAGGGCCAUGGAAUCGUUUGGAAGACAUGGAAAGGGGAAUAUUAUUCACUGAAGUCUUCGAAAAUGAUGAUUAAACGAAAAAAAUCCAUUUAUUAUUAAAAAUACAAACUCAAGUUAAUUGUACAAAAAUAUCAAGUAGUUUAAAACAUCAUAAUAAUCGUUUAGAAAUGAGCUUAAUUGGGUCAGUGAUGAAUUACUAAUUAAAGGUGACUGUUUGUUUAUUAUCUAACGAAUAUCUAAAAUAUAUUUAUCUGUUUUGAUAAUAUAUUGUCGUUGCUAAAGAUUUUGAAAAACAGACAAUUUCUAAUUUUCAAAUUUUUAGAUUUUUUUUUUCAAAUCUUGUUUAAAAUCAAAAUUCUUAUGUUAACUACACAACUUAUAACCUUCUUGCAACUCCAGAAUUAAAGAUAUAUGUAAAAAAAAAACGGACCAUUUUAGAUUUUUAAAAUGUUCAGAUUAAACCAAGUUCUGACUUUUUCGCUUUUCUAAGAACUAUUAACAUUUGUUUAGGCAUUGAAUUUGAUGGUCCUAAUGAAUCAGUAAUUUAUUGGAGUUCUAUAUAACACAAAUCUUAGAUUAAUCAUGCAGCGUAAAUCACAACAAAAUUUGAAAUAAUACCCCUCCAUCAAAAGUUCGUUGAUUCAUACAUUUUAUGCAUAUGUUGGAAGCGGGAUAUCAAAGUCCAUUAAUCUACGAUUAUAUCAGUAGAUUUGAUAACAAUCCUAAAAGCAAAUCAAUUACUGUCUUCAUUGAGGCAAUCAAAUGUUAUGUUUACAUAAAUAUUCACAACCGCACGAGGAUAAAAGCUUAUGUGAAGGGUAACUGUCAGUCACCACUUACGAAAAAGUAGUGCUUUAUAUACCUACGCGUAUUAUCAUUACCCAUGUAAAUCUUCAUAUCUUAUAUUUAAAGACCUUUUCUUCAUGAGUGUUGUUUUUAACAUUUAUUUAUUUGUCUCAGACUUGCUCACAUUGCAACCGGAAAUUAUCUAUAUCAUAGCCUACGUAGAUGCCUGCUAGUUACACCACUAUAUGUCUUUACCAUAUUCUACUGAAGGUGCCUGCAGGUCGCAUUGCUAUUCAUCUGUAAAAUAGGUGCCUGUAUGUCACAUCACUAUAGAUCUGUACCAUAGCCUUUUGGCCUGCAUGUCAUACUGCUAUUCAUCUGUACCAUUGCCUAUUAUAGGAGCCUGAUAUAAGUAAAUUUUAAAAAAUAGCAAUAAUUCUUAUAUGAUUUGCAGAUUAGAUAAUACGUUGAUAUGAUUGGUUGGAAGGACUUCCGGUAGUUGUUCAUGACGUUGUUUAUUUUUCGAUAGACGACGUUGACCGAACUUCUUUUCGUAACCAAUGUAAACAAGUUGGCGGCGAUAAUGACACAAUCCGGAUCAACGUUCACAAAAUUUAUUUUUAAUUUGCGUUUGUAGUUCUUAAUAGUUAAAUUAAUAAUAAACACAAAACAUUUGUUUGAAUGAUAAUAAGAGUUUUUGUAGUUUA